CGAUCUUUUAAAGAAAAAGGUCUGUCUAUUUAGCGUCAUUCCAUCCCGCGAAGUUCAAAGAUUCCUAUUUGGUCUAUUGGGUGUGCCAAGAUGGUUUUCUUGGAAUCAACGGAAGCCCAGAUCCUUGGCGUUGCUAUAGCUGCUGUUGCUGUUGGUGCUGCUGCUUUUUACUUGUAUUCUUCCAAGAAAGCUAAAGUGUGCUUAGAUCCUGAGAAAUGGAAGGAAUUCAAGCUUGUGAAGCGCACACAGCUGAGCCAUAAUGUGGCAAAGUUCAGAUUUGCACUUCCCACGCCCACCUCCGUGUUGGGACUUCCCAUUGGACAGCAUAUAAGUUGCAGGGGUAAGGAUGGUCAAGGGGAAGAGGUCAUAAAACCAUAUACUCCAACCACAUUGGACUCUGAUGUUGGAUACUUUGAAUUAGUUAUAAAGAUGUAUCCUCAAGGAAGGAUGUCUCACCAUUUCCGUGAACUGCGUGUUGGAGAUUAUUUGGCUGUUAAAGGACCCAAGGGUCGUUUUAGAUAUCAACCAGGACAAGUUAGAGCAUUUGGAAUGCUUGCUGGAGGCUCUGGCAUCACCCCAAUGUUUCAGGUUGCCAGAGCUAUUUUAGAAAACCCAAAUGACAAAACAAAUGUACAUCUCAUCUAUGCUAAUGUUACCUAUGAGGACAUUCUUUUGAAGGAAGAGUUGGAGUCUUUGACUGCUAAUUAUGCUGGCCGUUUCAAAGUUUACUAUGUCCUCAAUCAGCCUCCAGAAGUAUGGAAUGGUGGUGUUGGCUUCGUCUCAAAGGAAAUGAUUCAAGAGCAUUGCCCUGCACCUGCAUGUGACAUUAAGGUAUUGAGAUGUGGACCUCCACCAAUGAACAAGGCUAUGGCAGCUCAUCUUGAAGCUCUUGGUUACACCCCAGAGAUGCAAUUCCAAUUUUAAUUUUGUCACAAAUGUAGCCCUACACAUGGUUUCAUUGUUAGUGUGGGGGGAACAGAAUUUUUCAUGUUGGAAUAGCAGGGGAAAUGAAUCAUGUAAUGCAAAUUGUUGACGUUGUUCCUGUGAACUUGGAGCAAUAAAAUUUCCCAGAAGUUUAUGACUGUCUUUGAAUUGCGUAA